CAGACCAUGGCACAGAAAGUGGCUAUCAUUGGAGCAGGGGUCAGCGGGCUGGCCUCCCUAAAAUGCUGUCUGGACGAAGGGCUGGAGCCCACCUGUUUUGAGAAGAGUGAUGACAUCGGGGGACUUUGGCAAUUCAGGGAAAUUCCUGAAGAGGGAAGAACUAAUGUAUACAAAUCUGUAAUAACCAACACAUCGAAGGAAAUGACCGCCUUCAGCGACUUUCCAUUCCCGGAGGGCUGCCCCAACUACCUACAUCACUCCUUGCUUCUAGAAUACCUCAGAAUGUACGCUGAACAUUUCCAACUUCUCAACUACAUACACUUGAAGACCACUGUAUUCAGUAUCCAAAAACAUCCAGAUUUUGCAGCUACAGGACAAUGGGUGGUAUGUACCAAGAAGGAUGGACAGCAGGAAUCAGCCAUCUUUGAUGCUGUUAUGAUUUGCAGUGGCCGUUAUGCAGAGCUAAAUCUUCCACUGGAUUCUUUUCCUGGCAUCAAGAAAUUUCAGGGCUGCUACCUGCAUAGCUGGGAGUACAAAGAUGAGACCAGGUUUGAAGGGAAAAGAGUUCUUGUUCUUGGUGCUGGGAAUUCCGGAGGGGACAUUGCUGCAGAGGUCAGCCGCACUGCUGCUAAGGUUUUUCUCAGCACCAGAAGCGGAACGUGGGUGUUGAGCCGCAUUUCAGAUGCUGGCUGGCCUUUCGACAUGGUCUUCACCAAUCGCUUCAUGAAUUUCAUUCGAAAGCUUGUUCCAGCAGGCAUCUCCAAGAGAAUGCUGGCAAAGAUAUUUGGUCGGUGGUUUAGCCAUGAGAACUACGGCUUGAUUCCUCUUGAAAGUUCAUGGAUACCAUUAAUUCUGAACGAUGAACUGCCCAGCCGUAUCCUUUGUGGUUCUGUGGUGGUAAAGCCAAACGUGAAGGAAUUCACAGAGAGCGCCGCCAUCUUUGAAGAUGGGACUGUAGAAAAGGACAUAGACGCCAUCAUCUUUGCAACAGGCUACAAGCCAUCCUUCCACUUUCUGGAAGAAUCUCUCCACAGUGUCUGCAGAAACAACAUGUCCCUUUAUAAGCAGAUCUUCCCUCCUCAUCUGGAGAGGCACACCUUGGCGAUCAUUGGAUUCAUAGCGGUAACCGGAUCCAUCAUGCCGGCAGUGGAACUUCAAGCCCGCUGGGUCACAAAGGUAUUCAAGGGAUCACGUAAGCUUCCUGCAAUGAACCACCUGAUAAGUGAAAUCGCUAAGCAGAAGGAGGAUCUCCGUAAACAGGGCAUUCCCACUGACAAGGACAAAGUGCGGACAAGCUUUAUAGACUACAUGGAUGAAAUUGCCACCUGCGUAGGCGUCAAGCCCAGCAUGCCGCUGUUGUUCCUAACAGAUCCUAAACUAGCCUUUGAAGUCUUCUUUGGUCCCUGCACUUCUUACCAGUACCGCCUGACCGGACCGGGGAAGUGGGAGAAAGCCCGAACUACAAUCCUGACGCAAUGGGACCGAGCCCUAAAACCUCUGAAGACUCGAGUCAUAGUUUCCUCUUCCAAACACUCCUCCAUUUCCUGCUGGCUGAUAGUCCUUGCCCUACCAAUAUUCCUUGGUACUGCUUUGUUUACUUGUAAAUACUCACCUCCUUCAUGGUUGCCCUGGAUAAAGUGAAGGACAAAUGCCCUUUACCUGUUACGCUGAUUUCGAAGUUUACUGUUUUAAUCAUGUGCCAUAACGGAGAACUUAUGGCAGGAGUCUCCAACUUUUUCCAGUUUCUGGGCAUUCUGACACAGAUUGGUGGGCACAACCACAAAAUGGUUGCUGCAGGAGGUGGAGCCAACCACAAAAUGUCAGGAAGUUAGGUUAUGCAUAACUCUUUAACAUUUCAGGAAGAUGAUGUUUUUUAAAUGGACAAACUGUUUUUAAUUCAAUACACACAGCUG